GCGGUGACGUGUCUCUAAAGUUUCUCCUCCUCUUCUGCCGGUGCCUCAGUCAGUCAUUCAGCUUCUCUGCUUAGACUUUCACUGUUAGCCUUUAGGUGCACAUUGGUGGACGGCUUCGACAUCAUGGGCAUCAAAUUCUUGGAGGUGAUAAAGCCAUUCUGUGCAGUAUUGCCAGAGAUUCAAAAACCUGAAAGGAAGAUCCAGUUCAGAGAGAAGGUAUUAUGGACAGCAAUCACUCUGUUCAUCUUCCUGGUGUGUUGCCAGAUCCCCCUCUUCGGCAUCAUGUCCUCAGACUCUGCAGACCCUUUCUACUGGAUGAGAGUAAUUCUGGCAUCCAACAGAGGUACUCUGAUGGAGCUGGGUAUCUCGCCUAUCGUCACCUCAGGCCUGAUUAUGCAGCUUCUUGCUGGAGCAAAAAUCAUUGAAGUUGGAGACACUCCAAAGGACAGAGCCCUGUUUAAUGGAGCUCAGAAAUUGUUUGGGAUGAUCAUCACCAUCGGCCAGGCCAUUGUUUACGUAAUGACCGGAAUGUAUGGAGAUCCCUCAGAGAUGGGAGCUGGAAUCUGCCUCCUCAUCAUCAUCCAGCUUUUUGUGGCUGGGCUGAUCGUGCUGUUGCUGGACGAACUGCUCCAAAAGGGCUACGGUCUCGGUUCAGGAAUCUCACUCUUCAUUGCUACCAACAUUUGUGAGACGAUAGUCUGGAAGGCAUUUAGUCCCACCACUGUGAACACUGGAAGAGGCACAGAGUUUGAGGGAGCGAUCAUUGCUCUCUUCCAUCUGCUGGCGACACGGACUGACAAAGUACGAGCUCUGAGAGAAGCCUUUUAUAGACAGAACCUGCCCAACCUCAUGAACCUCAUCGCCACAGUAUUCGUCUUUGCUGUAGUGAUAUACUUUCAGGGAUUCAGAGUUGAUCUGCCAAUUAAAUCAGCUCGCUACAGAGGCCAGUACAACACCUACCCCAUCAAGCUGUUCUACACAUCCAACAUUCCCAUCAUCCUUCAGUCUGCGUUGGUCUCCAACUUGUAUGUUAUCUCUCAGAUGCUUUCCACACGUUUCAGUGGCAACUUCCUGGUGAAUCUGUUGGGCACAUGGUCUGACACGUCGUCUGGUGGUCCUGCCCGUGCUUAUCCUGUUGGUGGACUGUGUUACUACCUCUCCCCACCAGAGUCCUUUGGGUCUGUUCUAGAGGACCCAGUCCAUGCACUCAUCUACAUUGUCUUCAUGCUCGGAUCAUGUGCCUUUUUCUCCAAAACAUGGAUUGAAGUCUCAGGUUCAUCUGCGAAAGAUGUGGCGAAACAGUUGAAGGAGCAGCAGAUGGUCAUGAGGGGACACAGAGAAACUUCCAUGGUCCAUGAACUGAACAGGUACAUUCCUACUGCUGCUGCCUUCGGUGGUCUCUGUAUUGGAGGUUUAUCGGUAAUGGCCGACUUCUUAGGAGCGAUCGGUUCUGGCACCGGUAUCCUACUGGCCGUCACCAUCAUCUAUCAGUACUUUGAGAUCUUUGUCAAAGAACAGAGUGAAGUCGGCAGCAUGGGGGCUCUGCUCUUCUAGAAAAGCCAUUUGUCUCCCACUCUCUACCAACUUUUAUUAGGAUCAACCAACUUUACAGUUCUUUUACAUCAGCGUGAAGCCCCUGCACCGCCAGCAUUAUAGAUUCAGGAUGGUUGAGGAAUCCUCUCCUCAAUCACCAUCAGAAUUCUCCACUGAAUACGGAUGUGGCGAGGUACUGGGGACUACAUGUUGACUUUUACACCUUUUACUCCCUCCGCAAACCUUCUGAGACCGGCGUUUCAGUUGUAAACUCCCCAGACGUUACGUUCUGCUGGAGUUGGAUGUUCAGACUGACGAGGGCUUCAGUAUGCAGGCAUACUCAAUGCAGAUGAUGGUGGUUAAUCUGCCUGCUUUGUGCAUACCAGCACUCAAUGUUAAGCUUUCUGCCAUCUUUACUUUUAAGUGUAUUUUAUUUUUCUGUUCGUCUGGUUGAGGAAGUGGACCAGAGGCUGAACUGUCAGACGCCGAGUCGAAUACUGUACAAUUUCCUGAUACGUGACCCUGUACUAUAGGUUUUAUUUGGUCAGGGUUUUAAGAGAUGAGAACGUGGAGCUCAUAUUGGGGUCUACCUGUCAAAAUAGGUUGUUCAACUUGUUGUGAACGUGCUAUAGUCAUCAGAGGAAUCAUUCAGAACAAGGGUCUUCGCUGUUUUAAUAUAUGGCAUUCCCAGGAACCUGCAGUAUUAACUCGCAUGUCAUAUUUGUUUUUUGUUUUGUUUUGUUUUUUUGGUCUGUUUUAAACACACCUGGAUUAAUCACUUUUUCGCACCCAACAAAUUAUGAAUUUCUGUACAUAGGCCAUGCAUUUAUUAACGUUGAAUUUGUCUUAAGUGUAAAAUAAAUUCUUUUGAAUAUUUAAAAAUAAAUGCAUUUCAGAACAAACUUAUACAAAACAUUCUCAAUAAAACCUUUUGCGUAAAAAGGUGA